CCAGCAGCUCCCGCUGCGGCCCUCGGCCGGCCCCUCUCGCUCCCCGGGAGCGCCUGGCGGGGCCGCUGGGCCGAGGGGGCCGCCGGCGGGGCUGGCGGGCGGGGGGCUUCCUGCGGGCCCGGGGGGAGCCGGCGGCCGGCGCGGGCGCGGCGGGCCGGGCAGGGGCGAGGGGCGCCGGGUCUUGCCCCAGAAGCUGCCGGCACAUCCACGCCUGAAAUGCGGCGCUCAGUCCUGGUCAGGAACCCAGGCCACAAAGGCCUGAGACCCGUUUAUGAAGAGCUCGACUCUGACUCCGAGGACCUAGACCCCAAUCCUGAAGAUCUGGACCCGGUUUCUGAAGACCCAGAGCCUGAUCCUGAAGACCUCAACACUGUCCCGGAAGACGUGGACCCCAGCUAUGAAGAUCUGGAGCCCGUCUCGGAGGAUCUGGACCCCGACGCCGAAGCUCCGGGCUCGGAACCCCAAGAUCCCGACCCCAUGUCUUCGAGUUUCGACCUCGAUCCAGAUGUGAUUGGCCCCGUACCCCUGAUUCUCGAUCCUAACAGCGACACCCUCAGCCCCGGCGAUCCAAACGUGGACCCCAUCUCCUCUGGCCUCACUGCCACCCCCCAGGUCUUGGCCACCAGCCCCGCGGUGCUCCCCGCCCCCGCCAGCCCGCCCCGGCCCUUCUCCUGCCCGGAUUGCGGGCGAGCCUUCCGCCGCAGCUCCGGGCUGAGCCAGCAUCGCCGCACGCACAGCGGCGAGAAGCCGUACCGCUGCCCCGACUGCGGGAAGUCCUUCAGCCACGGUGCCACCCUGGCGCAGCACCGUGGCAUCCACACUGGGGCGCGGCCGUACCAGUGCGCGGCCUGCGGCAAGGCCUUCGGCUGGCGCUCCACGCUGCUGAAACAUCGCAGCAGCCACAGCGGGGAGAAGCCGCACCACUGCCCGGUGUGUGGCAAGGCCUUCGGGCACGGCUCGCUCCUGGCACAGCACCUGCGCACGCACGGCGGCCCGCGGCCCCACAAGUGCCCGGUGUGCGCCAAGGGCUUCGGCCAGGGCUCUGCGCUGCUGAAACACCUGCGCACGCACACGGGCGAGCGGCCCUACCCGUGUCCGCAGUGCGGCAAGGCCUUCGGGCAGAGCUCGGCGCUGCUGCAGCACCAGCGCACACACACGGCCGAGCGCCCCUACCGCUGCCCCCACUGCGGCAAAGCCUUCGGGCAGAGCUCCAACUUGCAACACCACCUGCGCAUCCACACGGGCGAGCGGCCCUACGCCUGCCCGCACUGCUCCAAAGCCUUCGGGCAGAGCUCAGCGCUGCUCCAGCACCUGCACGUGCAUUCGGGCGAGCGUCCCUAUCGCUGUCAGCUCUGCGGGAAGGCCUUCGGCCAGGCCUCCAGCCUCACCAAGCACAAACGGGUGCAUGAGGGUGCAGCCGCUGCUGCAGCUGCCGCGGCCGCUGCAGCUGCAGCAGCGGCCGCCGGCCUGGGCCUCGGGCCUGGCCUAAGCCCUGCAUCUAUGAUGAGGCCGGGGCAGGUCUCCCUCCUGGGUCCUGAUGCUGUUUCUGUGCUCGGCUCUGGCUUGGGCCUCAGCCCUGGCACCAGCUGUGGCCGCAACCCUGACCCUGGCUCUGGGCCGGGCACUCUGCCGGAUCCCAGCUCCAAACCCCUCCCCGGCUCCAGAUCCACCCCCAGCCCUACUCCUGUGGAAUCUUCUGACCCGAAGGCUGGGCACGACGCUGGUCCCGACCUUGUGCCCAGCCCAGACCUUGAUCCUGUGCCCAGCCCAGACCCUGAUCCUGUGCCCAGCCCUGAUCCCAACCCUGUGUCCUGCCCUGACCCCUGUUCUCCCACUUGUGGCACUGUCAGCGCAGCCCUCCCUACCGGCGAGAGUCCAGAGUGGGUACAGGAGCAAGGGGCACUGCUGGGGCCUGAUGGCUGAAGGAGACGCCGGCAUCCUCGGGGGCCUGGGGAAGUUGUGUGUUGUGCAGUCAGUAAAAUCCUCCCACUGCCUCCGG